GUUGAGGAAGUGCCGCCGGUGUCCGUGCCCGCCGCUCUCCGUCCGGUUCCGCCGCCCGGGAUGUGCUGAGGGCGCGUCCGCCGCCCCUCCCAGGCGUGAAUGACAGAGGAGGUGCCCCCGAGUGCACUGACGGAUGUGACGCUGCGCCUGCUGUGCCACGAUGACAUAGACACGGUGAAACAGCUCUGUGGAGACUGGUUCCCAAUAGAGUACCCUGACUCAUGGUACCGAGAUAUCACUUCCAACAAGAAGUUCUUUUCCCUCGCAGCCACCUACAGAGGCUCCAUCGUGGGGAUGAUCGUGGCAGAGAUCAAGAGCAGGACCAAGGUGCACAAGGAGGAUGGAGAUAUCCUAGCUUCCAAUUUUCCUGUGGACACUCAAGUUGCUUACAUCCUAAGCCUUGGAGUGGUGAAGGAGUUCAGAAAACAUGGAAUAGGUUCCCUCUUGCUUGAGAGUUUGAAAGAUCACAUCUCCACCACUGCCCAGGACCACUGCAAAGCCAUCUACCUGCACGUGCUCACCACCAACAACACAGCAAUAAACUUCUAUGAGAACAGAGACUUUAAACAGCACCACUACCUGCCCUAUUACUAUUCCAUCCGAGGGGUCCUCAAAGAUGGCUUCACCUACGUCCUGUACAUCAACGGCGGGCACCCACCCUGGACAAUCUUUGACUACCUACAGCACAUUGGCUCCACACUGGCCAGCCUGAGCCCCUGCUCCAUCCCCCAGAGGAUAUACAGACAAGCCCAGAGCCUCCUCUGCAGCCUCCUGCCCUGGUCUGGCAUUUCUGCCAAGAGCAGCAUCGAGUACAGCCGGACCAUGUGACGGACGGGGGGCGCACGGGAAGCGCAGGAUUGUUUCUCCUUCCACCUGACACCCGGCUCUGCACUGGUUCCAGUGAUGACAGCUCUUGGCCGGUGACCCAACCCCCGGAUGGGACUCCCUGUUCCUCAGGGCCUGACCUUUGGUAGAACUUCACCCUGGGGCUGCAGCCCCGGCUCCCCCCGUGGGCGGGGUGGGCCCUGGGUGUCACCACUCACUCGGUGUGCCCUGGGUGUCACCACUCACUCGGUGUGCCCCGGUGUCACCACUCGGUGUGCCCGGGUGUCACCACUCACUCGGUGUGCCCGGGUGUCACCACUCGGUGUGCAUGCUGCACUGUCCCCGCCUCUCCCCUCGCCUCGGUCUGCUCCUCCCAUACCCGCGAUGUCGGGGGCUCAGCUGCUGCUCCCGCUCCAUCCACAGCUGCUGAGAGCAGCUGAGGGGGGUUCAUGGAUCUGCACUGAGGAACCACUUAAAUGGACUGGGAGAGCCCUGGCUGCCAGGGUAGAGGCUGCCCCUGCUGCUGGGGAAGGGGGCAUCUGGGCCAGGGGAAAGGGAGGGAUGGGAAUCAUGUUUAGGUCCUGCCACAUCAGCUGCUGGUGCGUCCUGUGGUAACUUCCAGGGAGAGCAACUGCCUCGCAUGAGAACCCACCCAGCCCCACCAGCCCUCUGGAGUGAUGUAAAAAGAAGCAUAUAAUUCAGGAUGCAUAAAGUAGAAGGCAGGGAAUGAAAUUGCUAUUUCAUAGUGAAAUAUAUAUGUAUUAUACUGUA